ACCAGCUGUGCGUGCAGAGGAGGAAGCCCGCUUUCGUUUUCUUACAAGAGAGGCGAGGUCGUGAUUGAGGUGCUGCUCGGCCACUUCUGUUUAGAAAGAACAGAAACAAAGUUCUGCAGAAGGACUUUGGGUGUUUGAAGGGGAGCUGAUGGAGUUUGCUGAGCACAUCAAGACGGCCAAUGUGGAGGAUGUUGUGCUCCGACAGCCGCUGCAACCCCCGAGCAGAGGAACCCUGUGCAUCACCGGCCACCACCUGCUCUUCUCGGACAGGGAGGAGAGUGACUCCCGGCAGGUUUUAUUGCUCCUCAGGAACAUCGAUGCCAUUGAGAAAAGGAUGUCUGGUUCAUCUGGAACAAUUACGAUGAAGUGUAAAGAUCUGCGUGUGCUCCAGCUUGACAUCCCAGGCAUGGAACAGUGUCUCAACAUUGCACACUCUAUCGAGACACUGUCCUGUCUGGACUGCGUGUCCGCAAUGUACCCUUUCUUUUACCGACCUGUUGAGCUCAGCCUGCCGGAGCAGUGGGGUCUCUCAUCUCCUGAAAUGCACUACAGUCAGAUGAAGGAACUUGUCAUCAUGCGCAGCAGUCAGCCGCUGCUAGGAGCCAAUAGGAAGCGCUGCAAGGAAGAUGAGCUGCUCCUCCAGGCUGUGAUUGAGGGUUCGGACAAAGGCUACAUAAUUGACACUCGCUCCAUGCAGCAGGCUCAACAGGCCAGGAUGACAGGCGGAGGGUUUGAGUCGAAAUCGUUCUACGACCGCUGGAAGAGAUUUCACAAACAGAUGGAAAGGGGUAAAGCUCUCCAGGAGAGCCUCAUUAAACUGGUGGAGGCUUGUGGCGACGAGUCCAACAACAUGGACCGCUGGCUCAGUAAGCUGGAGAAUUCAAAGUGGCUGUCGCACGUCCAAAAUGCUCUUUCUACUGCCGGCCUGCUGGUGGAGUGUGUGGAGAGGGAUGGCCAUUCUGUUCUUGUUCACGGCUCUGAAGGGACAGACUGCUCUUUGCUCAUCAGCACUCUGGCUCAGCUCAUCAUGGAUCCAUGCUGCCGCACAGUGGAGGGCUUCCUGGGACUGCUGGAGAGAGAGUGGAUACAGGCAGGACACCCGUUCCAGCAGCGAUGCGCUCACUCGGCUUACUCCCAUGCUCGUCUCCAGCAGGAGUCUCCGGUGUUCCUGCUGCUGCUGGACUGCGUGUGGCAGCUUUGGCGGCAGUUCCCCUUGGCUCUGGGCUUCUCUGAGGCGCUGCUCCUGCGACUGGCGACUGAAGUUUACGCCUCGGAUUAUGGCACCUUUCUGUGUAACAGUGAUCAGGAAAGGUGUGCCUUGGAAGUAAAGGAAAGGACUCACUGUUUGUUCCAGGCUCUGCUAAGGCCCACGGAGAGGGAUUACUACUCUAACCCCCUGUAUGAACGCACUGAGCUAGCAAUCUGGCCCUCAGUUCAUCCUCAGUCCCUGCAGCUCUGGAAAGGCUAUUUUUUGAGGUGGACCCAGCAGGUUCGUCACCUUGAAGAGGCUCAGGAGGAAAUCAGGAACAUGGUCAUCGAGUGGGGGAAGUUAGCACGCAGCUGAUGCCUCGUUCGUGUGAAUGAGGUGGGAUCACAUGGUUCCAAGGAGUUAAAACAAAAUACCUGAUUUUGAUUUGACCUGUCGCCUUCAAGGUUGCCCUGGCUGAAACUUGUAGAUCACUCCGAACCUGGAAGUCCCAUUCUUAUUGCACACCAUGGAUUUAAAAACGUCUAUGCCAGUAUGAUCCAGCUUUUAUUAAAGAAAGAGGACAGUGUACCAGACCAAACAGCAGACUCCACAGUGUUCCAGUCAGGUGAGGAGUGUGAGUGCGUUGAAAAGGCAGGACGAUCUUCACGUUCCUCCUCAGAAUGAUAUUCAAGUUGUAGGCUCACGAUUUUGAUGUGUUCCAACACGCAUCACAUUCAGAAAUGUGCAGGGGGCAGAAGACUUCCAUGAGGAUUAGAUUGACUUGGACAAAACAGUUCGAAUUUGGAUACAUGUCUAAAUUCACCUGUUUCACAAAGCUGUGGAUACCCAUUGUUAGAGAUGUUAAGCAGGAAAAUGUUUUUCAAAGAAGGAAAAAUGGCCAACAGUGAAGCUAUCCAACCACUCAGCUCUGUUUACCGCAGUGGAAAAUCUUUGUCUCUUUGAAGACGUGUGAAGACUUGCCUUCAAAACGACAGUUAAAGAUGUAACAGUAUAGAGUAUAUGAAGUGUCCCUCCUACCUCAGUCAGACUCAGAGCAGUUUAGCAGUUUAACAGAAAUGGCUGGCGUCCUCGAUGCUUUAUAUUUAGACAGGAUCUUAAAACCGCAGCGGAGGUGACACAAACUUGAGAGAAAGAUCAGCUAAAUUUAAAUUAGGUGCUUUUUAUUGACAGAACUUUGUGAUCCUAUCUUGUGUGAAUUAGAGAAGAUGGUUAACAAUAUGCAAUGCCUAAUAUGU